UGAGGACACAAUGUAAACAUCAAAGCUAUACUGAAUGGGCUAUUAUUAUUCCACUCUGCCAAUUAUAAUUAGGCUACUGUAAUUAGGACACUCCUUGGGUCGCUGCCAGAGUACAGGCGAAAAUUCAUAAUAGAUCCUGUGCACUGUGCACGUAACUCUGCUUUUUAUACGCAAAACGAGGCAACAGACAUAAUUUGAGAUUCAGGGGGCGGGGAGGAGGGAGCGCCCGCGACCACACUGCUCACAAUAAUAAUCGGUUGUAGUCUAUUAGUUAUCUUUCUCCACCGCUCGCUACAGUACCGUAGACUGGAUCUGAAAACCAAUGUAAUCCUGAAUCAUGGCUGCAAAAGAGGAUCUCUACAGCAAAAUCAUCCCGCGAAGACUUCGGCCGAAAGUACCUGGCACUGUGAAAUAUGGAUCGAAUUUGGACGUCCUCUUAUCGAUGGGUUUCCCCAAAACCAGGGCAUUGAAGGCACUUGUAUCAACAGGAGGCAGGAAUGUACAGGCAGCAUGUGACUGGCUGUUCUCCCAUGUGGAUGACCCCUUCCUGGAUGACCCGUUGCCCAGAGAGUACGUCCUGUACCUGCGCCCCAGCGGACCCCUGCAGAAUCAGCUCCAUCACUUCUGGCAGCAAUCCCGAGUCUCCUGCGGAAAGAACAAGGCCCACAACAUCUUCCCCCACAUCACACUCUGCCAGUUCUUCAUGUGUGCAGACAACAAGGUGGACGCCCUGUUGGAGGCCCUGCAGGCCACGGUGGACCAAUGGAGGGGUCGUUUCCCUAGCCCCCUGCCCCUGGAGCUCUACACCUCCUUCAACUUCAUAGGACUCUUUGUUGAGGAGCAGAUCGCAGAGGUCCUCAAGCAGUUUGCUGCCGACUUUGCUUCCGAGGCUGCCAGAAAAGCUGAUGUCCAUUUAGAGCCCCAUAAGAAGCAGCUCCAUGUGACGUUAGCCUACCACUUCCCCACCAGUCACCUGACCUCCCUGGAAAAGCUGGCUAAGGGAAUCGAGGUGAAGCUAGGCUGUGAUUGGCUGGCUGUCCUUUUUUCCCGGGACAUACGGUUUGCCAAUCAUGAGACGCUGCGCGUGAUGUAUCCCUACACCCCUCAGAAUGAGGACGAGCUGGAGCUGGUCCCGGGCGACUUUGUCUUCAUGUCUCCCUUGGAGCAGAACAACACUAGCGAGGGCUGGGUCUACGGGUCCUCCCUGGCCACGGGGCUGUCCGGCCUAUUGCCUGAAAACUACGUCAGCCGGGCAGACGAGUGUGACACCUGGGUCUUCCACGGAUCACACUCCUUCUUCAGUUGCUCUGCCCCCUCAGACAAAGUGAGCAGGGAAAGGGGCCUAUUCGAUGGGCUGCUGGACAGCCGUCUCCUCGACAACACAAGCCCUGGGGACACACCCACCCUGAGCCUCAUCUGUCAUCCCAUGCAGGUGCUUCGGGUCAGCAGCAAUCACUCUCGGCUGCCCAAGCGGACCCUGUUUGUCUGCCGGCACGGUGAGCGGAUGGAUGUGGUGUUUGGGAAACACUGGCUUUCACUGUGCUCUGAUUCCAAAGGUAGAUAUGUGCGCACUAACCUGAACAUGCCAGUCAGCCUGCCCAUGUGGAGUGGAGGACACAGAGAUUACAACAUGGACACCCCCAUCACUGUGUUUGGUUCCACACAAGCACGAAUAGUGGGCGACGCGUUGUUGGAGAGCAACACAGUGAUAGACUUUGUGUACUGUUCGCCCUCUCUGCGCUGUGUCCAGACUGCUCAGAACAUCCUCAAAGGUCUGCAGCAGGAUGGCAAGCUGAAGAUCAGAGUGGAGCCAGGGCUAUUCGAGUGGACCAAGUGGGUCUCUGGGAGCUCUCUUCCUGCCUGGAUCCCUCCCACAGACCUGGCUGCAUCCCACUUCACUGUUGACACAACAUACAGACCUCUCAUACCCAUAACCAAACUUAGCGUGUCGGAGUCCUAUGACACGUACAUGAGCCGGAGCUACCAAGUGACCAAAGACAUUCUGUCUGACUGCAAAAACAUGGGAAACAACAUACUGAUUGUUGCCCACGCUUCCUCUCUGGAGGCCUGCACCCGACAGCUCCAGGGCCGCAGCCCCCAGACCUCCAAGGACUUCAUCCAAGUAGUCAGGAAGAUCCCCUACCUGGGUUUCUGUUCCUGCGAGGAGCAGAGCGACACGGGGAUCUGGCAGCUGGUGGACCCACCCAUCCUGCCCCUCACACAUGGACCCAACCACAGCUUCAACUGGAAGGAGACCCUCCUUCAGGAAUGACAUGUGCUUCCCUGGAGAGCAGACUUGCUCAGCCCCAUCCCGAGGCUUAAGUUUCUGCUCAAAUAACAGGGAGAGACUCCACCAGAGUCAAUGGGUGGUUGGACCUGGAUAUACUGUACUGCACAUAUUGUCAUUUGACAGUAUUGUUGACAUUUCUAAUUUGACAGUAUUGUUGAUAUUUCUAAUUUGACAGUAUUGUUGACAUUUCUAAUUUGACAGUAUUGUUGUUUGUGAGAGCAGAGAGAGAAGAGAGUGAAGUUGGAGAGGGCAGGGCUACUGUAAGUCUCAGGGCCUGGUUGAUUGUUGAGGCUAUCACUCAGCUGGCUACAGCAAGCACAUGGGCCAUUACAUAUGACACCGAGUCAACAGCGUCCCAGAUGGGAGUCAUAAGGUUGAGAACAUUGACCUAAAAAAAAUGAGCAGAAUUGUUUGUGUUUGGAAAAGCAAUUGCAUUCCUUGUCCCGCUUACAGAUUAACUGUUGACGAGGGCAAAUGUUAUCCUCAAAAGCCCUUGACUGUAGCCGCAAGUCAUCUCACAGAUGUCUCUCAUUGUGGAAUCUGUGUUUCUGUGUGUAUAAAGUUGAUCUCGUUGGGGGGAGAAAAACCUGCUAAACUUAAUCCAUGCUCUCUUGAAUACUGUACGUACAACCACUUACUCAUCCAUUUAAACGGAUUGCAGUGUGGUCAGUGCGAUGUCUUUUAUGGUCACGUUGUAUGCUGGUUGUAGAAAAACUUUGUGUUAACGUAGUAACCAGAAAAAUAUGUCUUUGCCUGGUUGUAAUGUGUUAUGUGACAAGAUAACAACCAACAUAUGACAUAUUUACUAUGACAUCUUGAGCUCGUCAUAAAAAAUACAUCUUUAUGUGGUUGUAACCGAGACUAGUUGGAAAUCUGG